CCUGUCCACAGGCAGCUGAUGGUGGCCAUGCUGCUCCACUCCUCCUCUCCCCGAGUGUUUCAAGCUGCUACCAGUGCCAUCUCAACACUGCUCACACACAACAGUAAGAUGCGCUCUCUGCUGCUGUCCAGUGGCCUUCAUGUCAACUUAGUGGAGAUGAUGAAGAAACACUCAAACUCGGUUGAAGUUUCCAUCAGCGCCUGUAAUCUGCUCAAACUGCUCUUCCAGGGAAGGACGGCCAGUCUGGAUGAGCUGACCAUGGCCAUGACUCAGAUCCUGAUCAGCAUGAAGGUCCACAACUUCCAGCCGGAGGUUCAGCUGGAGGCGCUGCAGGCCAGCCUCGUCUUCCUCUGCCCAGACCGCAGUCUAAGAGAGCACGGCGUCUCUGUGGCAGACCCAGACAUGGCUGACGUUUCCCUGAAGGUCCUGAAGAACCAGUGUGUGGUGGAAGGAGCUCACACACUCUACCUGGAGGUUCUCAACAGGUUCAUCAGCACCGAGCUCAUCCAGAGGAGUGGCCUGAAGGUGCUCUCCUCUCUGGCUGACUGCUCCGGUGCAGUGGACCUGCUCUGCCAGCAGGGGGCGAUCGACACGGUGCUGCACACACUACAGAUGUUCCCACAGGACAGAGAGAUUCACUUCUGGGGUCUGACGCUGCUCAGCUUCCUCGUGUCCAAGAAGAAGCUGUCGAGGAUGAUCGUUCCUGUUCUGGCCUCCGUCGUGGUCGCCUCCCUCCUGCAGUACAGAGACGACUCCGAGAUGCACCUCAAGUGUGUUCAGGUGGCGUUGAGGAUGCUGGACGCCUGUUCAGGAGCAGCUGCUGAGCUGCAGAGAGAAGGCUUUGACAGACAGAUCUUCCAACACCUCAGAGAGGAGCCGCCCGACCACUGCAACACUGCUCUGCGUAAGUCAGUGUGCCUGGCUCUGUCUAAGAUGUGGUGUGACUACCAGCUGCACUGCAGUCUGCUGGAGAAGGCCUGCGAGGACGGAGACGCCACGUUGGCCGAGUGUCUGAUCGAGCUGGGAGCCGACAUCAACAGGAAGACCAAAACAGAGUCGCUCAUCUACAAGGUGUGUGAGCGUGGGGGGCCUCUGGAGCUGGUGGAGCUGCUGCUCAGCCACGGGGCCCACGAGCAGCACCUGCGCCGGGCCCUGGCUGUGAGCGUGAAGCGGGGCGAGGGUCCCACCGUCAUCCAGCUGCUGGGCCGCCUGGGGCUGGACCUGAACAACAACGCCCUCUGCCUGGGGGGCUUCAGGCUGGGCCGCCUGGACGCCGCCUGGCUCAGCUCCCUGCUGGGGGAGAGGGGGAGGACACACAGCCUGCGAUACAGAGACAGUAGGCAGCGCAUUCAUUACAUCUGGGUUUUGGACAAAGAAAUUAAUUUGACCUUUCUGACUAAACUAAAUGUAUGUUUAAGAAAAUGUAUAAAGAAAGUGUAA